CAGAAUUAAAUUUGACAUUCAGGACAAAAAGUAAUGUUUUGAUCGUUUUUAUAGAUUUUUUUAUAACAAAUAUACAAAAAGUGCUAGGAUUAUGAUCUAUAAAGUUUAACUACGAUGAUUCAAUGAGGUCUGCUAUUAAUAAAACAAUAGAAACAAAAUAUAAGUGAGGUUAUUUCAGAAAAAUAAUUGGCAUUGAUUGAUCUUCAGAAGAUACUAAAAAAACAAUGCUAAACACCUUAAAUGCACCUUAUUAUUAGACUUAUAUGCUAUUCAGUCAUUAUCCAUUACAUAUUGACUGUUAAAGCUGAAUAUAAAUCUCACCUGAACUGUUAUUAUACGAAGGUUUGUCAACAAUACUCUUCAAGAGAUGGAAUCAGUCAUUUAAGUCCAAAGUACUCGCAAGCUGGUGUAAGAGUGCGUGGCAGUAACAUAGACAAAGACAAAAUGACGAGCGGUUCAGGAGUCAAUGGGUUCUAUAGGCCCCGUAGUGCUCUUGCCCGGGCUAUGUAUGAGAAACAGCACAAUGAUAGAUACCUUCAAGAACUUGACCAGAAUGAGCUAGGUAAAUGA